AUGACUCAAAUGAAGAAGAAGAAUCUGAAGGUGAAGAUAAAGACUGCUUCAUGGCUGGAACCAACAAUCUUGAUGAGUAUUUUGGAAGAUUGUGAUGCAGGGAAUCAAGUUCAAAAGGAAAAUGAAACAGCUCAAAAUCAUGAAAAUGAAAAUUCUGGACAAGCUAAACCAGAAACUGCAACUGCUGAAAAUUCAAGAGACAAUUCUAUUUUGUCUCAUGAAUCUGAAGGAACUCCUGAAGCCAGUAGCACUCAGAAUCCAUUGGUACCUGAAUCUGCCUCCAAGUCUACCAGACCUCAUGAAUGGAGAUUCUUGAAGAAUUACCCUGAGAAAUUUGUUAUUGGGGACGUCUCUCAUGGAGUUAUAACUUGGUCCUCAACUAGAAAGGCCAAUAAAGAGACAAACAUUGUCCUUCUCUCUCAAAUGGAACCUCAAAAUGUCAAAGAAGCCCUUAGUGGCCCUUCUUGGGUUAAAGCAAUGGAAGAUGAGCUUCUUGAGUUUGAGAAGAACCAAGUGUGGACUUUGGUUCCUAGGCCAAGUGGAAAGAAAGUGACCGACACCAAGUGGAUAUUUCGGAACAAGUUAGGAGAAGAUGACAGCAUUGCAAGAAACAAAGCAAGACAUUCAUAUCUAAAGGGAGGUGGUGCAGUGAAACAGCCCAAAGGACCUACUCGAUCUGAGAGGGUGGUCUUAGAUGAUAAAGAUGAUGAAUUUGUCCCUGAAGAAUCUCCUGCUCCUUCCACCAAGGGUACUUCCAUCUCUACUGGGAAGAAAUCCAUUCUGCUGAAUGUGGUCAAGGAUGUUGUUUAA